AUGAUAAGAGUGUGUAAUACAACAAUCAAUAAUAAUGAUUCUAAUACUAGUAUUACAAAAAUGCCAAUUCAUAAACCAUAUGCAAGUUAUAUACGUUCAUGGAAGGCAAAAUCACCAAUUAUUCAAUUACACUUGGUUUUACUAGAAAUUGAUUCAUUUCAAGAAACCAACAAACUAGAUCAUGUAAAGAAACCUUAUAAUAAUAAUAAAUCUGUUGGAUUACCAAAAUUUCGAUAUAAAUAUUUAGAACAUAAAUUGACUUUGUACUUGGUGCAUAAUGGGCAAAUUUUUAUCCCUAUUGAAGCUUUAGAAGGAAUUGAAAAAAUUAGUGAUAGAAUUAAUUAUAAUUGGAAUUCAGUAACCUUUGCAUCGCCUAGCAUAACUGUUUAUAUAUAUGAAAAUAUUAAAUCCACGAGUAUUGAUAAUCUAUUUAUUAAAAGUUAUGGGGAGUUGGGGCAAUUGGAAAAGGCAGAAAAAAUAUUCAACAGCAUGGGUGAUUUUUCAAAAGAUCCAAGUACUUAUGGGGAAAUGAUUAAAGUUUACGCUUCAAAUGGGAAAAUUGAAAAGGCAAAAGAGAUCGCAAACAUUAUAGAAAAUAAGAAUUAUUCAGAAAUCAUAAAAAGUAACAUAAAUGAUCUAUUAUCUUCUUCUUCGCUGUCAUCGUCACCUAGCUAG